AUGGUCAAGGAGGAGUUAUGCCUGAACUUGGGAGGUUUGCCGAACGAUUGUCAGCCGAAAGGAAGCGUCGCCAGGCUAGAAGCUCCAACAGAUGGAAAGCUUGUUACAAUUCUCAGCAUUGAUGGAGGAGGAGUGAGAGGCAUUAUUCCUGCGACAAUCGUUGCCUUCCUCGAACUCCAACUCCAGAAGUUGGAUGGUGACAAGGCAAGGAUUGCAGAUUACUUUGAUUUCAUUGCUGGGACUAGCACUGGAGGCCUUGUUACAGCCAUGCUCACCUCCCCAAAUGAUGAAAAUCAACCAAUGUUUACUGCAAAACAGAUCAUUGAUUUUUAUCAUGAACACUGUCCACAAAUCUUUCCUCAUGGAAAGGCAGCAAAACAAGAAACAACGUUGGUUGCUUAUUCAAAGUUAAUUUUUAGCACGUUUCCUCCAAAUUCGAGAAUGGUAAAAGCCUACACAAAUGCAAUGCUUCCCAAAUAUGAUGGUAAAAAUUUGAAGGAAAUUAUCAGAAAAUUGCUUAAACAGACAAGGCUCCGUCAGACUCUAACCAAUGUGAUAAUCCCCUCUUAUGAUAUCAAGCUUCUCCAACCCAUAGUUUUCUCCACCUUAAAGGCGAGACGUAAUGAUUUAGAGGAUGCUCAACUAGCAGAUAUUUGUCUCAGCACUUCUGCAGCACAAUAUUACCUCCCUCCUCAUAAAUUUAAGAUCAAGUCGAGAACAUUCAACAUGGUCGAUGGUGGUGUUGCAGCCAACAAUCCGACAUUGCUAGCAAUAUCAGAGGUUGCCAAGGAGAAGUAUUUAGAAGGAAAAGCUGAAUGCUUAAGCAACAUAGAUCACAGCAAACUUCUUGUUCUCUCUCUUGGAACUGGAUCAUCGAAAAGAAAUAACAAGCUUGAGGUUGGGAAUCAAUCAUGGGGACUCAUUGACUGGGUUGUGGGGCCUAAUAAUAGCAACGCCAUCUCUGAUGUUCUCCUGACUGCAAUAGAUGAUAUGGUUCACAUAUAUUUAUCUGCUUUCUUUCAGGGCACCAGUUUCAAAGACAAUUAUCUGCGAAUUCAGACUGAUAGCUUGAAAAGUAGUGAAGCCAUUAUGGACAAUUCUAACAAAGAAAACCUUGAAAAUCUCGAGAAGAUUGGGAAUGCGCUUCUGAAAGCGCCUGUUUCUGAAGUGAACUUGGCAACGGGAUUACUUGAAUCAGUUCGAGGGGAAGACUACACAAAUGAAGCAGCACUCAUCAAGUUUGCCGAACGAUUGUCAGCCGAAAGGAAGCGUCGCCAGGCUAGAAGCUCCAACGGGUACCAGUGAGGUACAUGAUCCAUUGAUCAACACUUUCCCUAGUUCAAAUUUCCUUGAAGAAUGACCAUAAUAAAUUCUCCUUCUUGUACGUAUACAAGGAGGGAUGGUGUUUCGUAGUUCUUAAGGUCCACUUUCAGUCUUUCAUCGUUGUUCAAAUCCAUUCCCUUCUGUUUGUCUGUGUUGUUGUAAUAAGGUCACGGAGCUAUAACUGAACUUGGGAGGUAGUCCCGGUCAAGCAUAAGAGUCGUCUAUGUUCUGUUAUUAUAAUUAAUUGUGAUGCAAUCUUUAAACCUUCACACUUUCCUGCAGCCUGGAUCAACUGUAUGGCAAGCUUCGAAGCCUUAGCAUAAACUUGGUGGGGUUCUUGAUAUUCAAUGCAAUCUUAUGCA